GCUCAGCCCGCCAUCUUUGGUCCAUUUCAGCGGCAGAGGUAGCAGCGGUGGGAUCGUCGGCGAAGCCGGAAAGCAAAAACCAGCCAAGCCCAGCCCAGUGCAGCCAUGGAUGAGGAGUACGAUGUGAUCGUGCUGGGCACUGGCCUUACGGAAUGUAUUCUCUCUGGCAUCAUGUCUGUGAAUGGGAAGAAGGUGUUGCACAUGGAUCGGAAUCCUUACUAUGGGGGUGAAAGUUCCUCUAUCACACCCCUGGAAGAGUUGUUCAAACGGUUUGACCUGCCUGAAGGACCUCCCGAAAGCUUGGGAAGGGGCCGAGACUGGAACGUUGACUUGAUCCCCAAAUUCCUCAUGGCCAAUGGCCAGUUGGUGAAGAUGUUGCUGUACACAGAAGUGACUCGAUACCUAGACUUUAAAGUGGUGGAAGGCAGCUUUGUCUACAAGGGGGGCAAGAUCUACAAGGUGCCAUCUACUGAGACUGAGGCCUUGGCCUCCAACCUGAUGGGCAUGUUCGAGAAACGCCGAUUUAGAAAGUUCCUGGUGUUUGUGGCAAACUUUGACGAGAAUGACCCCAAGAGCUUUGAGGGUGUUGACCCUCAGACCACAACCAUGCGAGAUGUGUAUAAGAAGUUUGACUUGGGCCAAGAUGUUAUUGACUUCACUGGCCAUGCUCUGGCACUCUACCGAACUGAUGACUACUUGGACCAGCCCUGCCUUGAGACCAUUAACCGCAUCAAACUCUACAGCGAGUCUCUGGCCCGGUAUGGGAAGAGCCCAUACCUGUACCCUCUCUAUGGCCUGGGAGAGCUACCCCAGGGAUUUGCAAGAUUGAGUGCUAUCUAUGGUGGGACAUACAUGCUGAACAAACCUGUGGAUGACAUCAUUAUGGAGAAUGGAAAGGUGGUAGGGGUGAAGUCAGAGGGGGAGGUGGCCCGUUGCAAGCAGCUGAUCUGUGACCCCAGUUACAUCCCUGAUCGGGUUCGAAAGGCUGGCCAAGUCAUCCGAGUCAUCUGUAUCCUCAGCCACCCCAUCAAGAACACCAACGAUGCCAACUCCUGCCAAAUCAUCAUUCCUCAAAAUCAGGUCAACAGGAAAUCAGACAUCUAUGUGUGCAUGAUCUCCUAUGCCCAUAAUGUGGCUGCCCAGGGAAAGUACAUUGCUAUUGUCAGCACCACAGUGGAAACAGCAGAACCUGAGAAGGAGAUUGAGCCAGCGCUGGAGCUGUUGGAGCCCAUUGACCAAAAGUUUGUGGCCAUCAGUGACUUGUAUGAACCAACUGACAAUGGACUGGAGAGCCAGGUAUUCUGUUCCUGUUCUUAUGAUGCCACCACUCACUUUGAGACAACCUGCAAUGACAUCAAAGAUAUUUACAAGCGCAUGGCUGGGACAGACUUUGACUUUGAAAACAUGAAGCGCAAACAGAAUGACGUCUUUGGAGAAGAUGAGCAGUGAUGGCAGGAAGUAAUCCCCUUCCCGUUAGGCCCUCACCACCUUCUCCUGCCUCCCUUAGCACCAAGUUUUCUUCUCUCCCUUCCUAUUUUUAUUUCUACUUGGGGCUCAAGGGGAAGGUUUGGAUGGGACACCUAAGUCAGUGAUGUGCCCCUGCCUGCCCUCUUAUUCCCUCCUCUGCACCUUCCUGUUAGGAACCCUUUUCAUUCAUUCCAUGGGGUACCUUUCUUCUCCCUGCCCCCUACCCUAGGGAGUCUAGACUUCAUGGAGGGUGGGAGUUCUCCCAUUUUCUCCAAUAUUUGUUACCAAUCUCCCUCCCCCUUGCCCUCCAACACAUAUAACAUUAUCAUUUCUGUGCCCUGCUCGUCCUUACAGUCCUUUUUUUCCCUUUCCCAAACUCCUUGCCUCUAUGGUGCUUUAUUUUGGGGGGGGGGGGAGGAAGGGGAGCCUGAAAAUGAAAAAUGGAAGCAGACUUUUCCCUCCCAUGUCUCAGGUGUCGACUACCCUGUCUGUCCCUGUGCUUCAGUUCUCAUGAACAUGCAUAUACUCGCUGCCUCUAACAGCCUAAUCACUUAUCCUUUGUCUUGACUCUCUGCUGGGCUGGAAUUCGAGGGGGGUGGGGGUGGGGGUACGGGUAUGGGACACAAAGCUGCUGCUGCUGCAUUGAAUUGUAUUACCAGCCCUUUUUCCCUUAAUUUAUUUUAACUUAUUAAUGUAUCUUUACAUAGUGAAUGCCUCCCUUCCCAUUCCCCUUUCCCUAGGGUGCAGGAGAAGGAAGAAGAAAACUAAUUUCAUGCCCCCACCCCUGCCCCGGUACUGUCGAUGCUGUAUUAAUCUUCCCCUUAUUUGUGGGGAGAGGGAGCCCCUUCCUUUCCUAGUCCCUUUCCCCAGUGCAAUGGCCACAUGACGGGGGAGCAGACAGACCAGACUUCGGAGAAAUUUCAGAGGGAAAGUUUACACAAGGAGGUGGGGAAAGGGACCAAACCCCUGCAAUGGCCUGCCCUCCACCCCUAACCCUCUUCCCACCCCCCCCACGGAAAGUGGGGGGCGGGACCAAAUGUCGACAAGUGACUGUGUGUGACUCCCGCUUUCUGUGUAUCGGACAGGAGAAACAAGUCCCCAAUAAAGCCUGUUUAAAAGUC